CAGCCAUUUCAUCUCCACAGAAACCAGACACAAAAACAUGGCAGAGAUGGAGAAAGAGGGGAGACCUCCGGAAAAUAAAAGGAGCAGGAAACCGGCCCACCCCGUGAAAAGGGAGAUCAACGAGGAGAUGAAGAACUUUGCAGAAAACACCAUGAAUGAACUCCUUGGCUGGUAUGGCUAUGAUAAGGUUGAAUUAAAAGAUGGUGAAGAUAUUGAAUUCAGGAGCUACCCUACAGAUGGGGAGAGCCGGCAGCACAUUUCUGUUCUCAAAGAAAAUUCUAUGCCAAAACCAAAAUUACCUGAGGACAGUGUUAUUUCGCCAUACAAUAUAAGCACAGGCUAUUCAGGGCUUGCCACUGGAAAUGGACUCAGUGACUCACCUGCAGGGCCCAAGGAUCAUGGCAAUGUGCCCAUUAUCGUACCUUUAAUUCCACCACCUUUUAUAAAGCCACCAGCAGAAGAUGAUGUGUCAAAUGUACAAAUAAUGUGUGCCUGGUGCCAGAAAGUGGGGAUCAAGCGCUAUUCCCUGAGUAUGGGAAGUGAGGUGAAAAGCUUCUGCAGUGAGAAGUGCUUUGCAGCGUGCCGGCGAGCCUACUUCAAGAGAAACAAGGCUAGAGAUGAAGAUGGACAUGCUGAAAAUUUUCCCCAGCAGCACUAUGCUAAGGAAACUCCAAGGCUUGCCUUCAAGAAUAACUGCGAACUACUUGUAUGUGACUGGUGUAAGCACAUAAGACACACAAAAGAAUACCUGGAUUUUGGGGACGGGGAAAGGCGGCUUCAAUUCUGCAGCGCCAAAUGUCUCAAUCAAUACAAAAUGGACAUUUUCUACAAAGAGACACAGGCCAAUCUUCCAGCUGGGCUGUGCGGCACACUGCACCCUCCCCUGGAAAAUAAAGCAGAAGGCUCCGGGGUGCAGCUGCUCACGCCAGACUCUUGGAAUCUCCCGCUCACAGAUGCCCGCAGGAAGGCCCCCUCCCCGGGGGCUGCCGCUGGCCAAAAUCAGGGCCCCGGACCCUCGGCGGCGGCGGCGGCAUCGUCCACCACUGUCUCCCCCUCCGACACUGCCAACUGCUCUGUCACGAAAAUCCCCACGCCAGUGCCCAAGUCUAUCCCCAUCAGCAGCGAGACGCCAAACCUCCCACCUGUCUCCGUCCAGCCUCCGGCGGGCAUCGGGCCUCCACUGGGCGUCCCGCCUCGCAGCCCUCCCAUGGUGAUGACCAACCGCGGCCCGGUGCCGCUGCCCAUCUUCAUGGAGCAGCAGAUCAUGCAGCAGAUCCGCCCGCCCUUCAUCCGCGGGCCCCCACACCACGCCUCCAACCCCAACAGCCCCCUCUCCAACCCCAUGCUGCCGGGCCUCGGCCCCCCGCCGCCUGGCGGCCCCCGCAACCUGGGCCCCACCUCCAGCCCCAUGCACCGGCCCAUGCUGUCCCCUCACAUCCACCCGCCCAGCACGCCCACUCUGCCCGGGAACCCCCCGGGCCUGCUGCCCCCGCCGCCUCCGCCCCCGCCACCGCCGCCGGGCGCGCCCUUGCCCAGUCUUCCCUUCCCGCCGGUGAGCAUGAUGCCAAACGGCCCGAUGCCGGUGCCACAGAUGAUGAACUUCGGGCUGCCUUCGCUCGCCCCGCUGGUGCCACCCCCAACCCUGCUCGUGCCAUACCCAGUGAUCGUGCCCCUGCCAGUGCCCAUCCCUAUCCCCAUCCCCAUCCCCCACGUCAACGACUCCAAGCCCCCCAACGGGUUUUCCAGUAACGGGGAGAACUUCAUUCCGAGCGCCCCUGGCGAUUCCUCGGCGGCGGCGGGGGGCAAGCCGGGCGGACACUCCUUGUCCCCGCGGGACUCCAAGCAGGGCUCGUCCAAGACGUCCGACUCUCCGCCUGGCUGCUCGGGCCAGGCCCUGAGCCUGGCGUCUGCCGAGCCCAGUCGGAGCGAGGUGGUGGACCUGACGCGGCGCGCCACCAGCCCCCCGGGCACGGGUGGCCCGCUAGGCGGUGGCUUCCCGGGCAGUAUGCUGCUGCACGGCCCGCAGGACGGCGUCAUCGACCUGACCGUGGGCCACCGGGCCCGGCUGCACAACGUGAUCCACCGCGCGCUGCACGCGCACGCCAAGGCGGAGCGCGAUCCGGGCGCAGCCGAGCGCAGGACCUGCGGCGGCUGCAGAGACGGCCACUGCAGCCCGCCCGCCGCCGGCGACCCGGGCCCGGGUGCCCCCGCAGGCCCCGAGGCCGCUGCGGCCUGCAACGUUAUCGUGAACGGGACACGCAGCGCACCUGCCGCCGCCGCCACCGAGGGCGCCAAGGGCGCGGAGCCUCCGCCCGAGCAGCCGCCGCCGCCACCGCCACCCCCGCCGCCACCGCCGCCCGCACCCCCCAAGAAGCUGCUGUCGCCCGAAGAGCCGGCCGUGAGCGAGCUGGAGUCGGUGAAGGAGAACAACUGUGCUUCCAACUGCCACCUGGACGGGGAGGCGGCCAAGAAGCUGAUAGGGGAGGAGGCCCUGGCGGGGGGCGACAAAUCAGACCCGAACCUGAAUAACCCCGCGGACGAGGACCACGCCUACGCUCUGCGAAUGCUGCCCAAGACCGGCUGCGUGAUCCAGCCUGUGCCAAAACCCGCCGAGAAGACUGCCAUGGCGCCGUGCGUCAUCUCGCCCAUGCUCAGCGCCGGGCCCGAGGACUUGGAGCCGCCGCUCAAAAGGAGGUGCCUCCGAAUUAGAAAUCAGAAUAAGUAA